UUGACGAUCCUGACACCUAUCUCAUGAUAGAACAGGGUAUUCGCGGAGGGAUUACCCAAUGCACGACCCGUCAUGCUGUCGCAAAUGUUCCGGGAACGGAUACGUUUAACCCGCAUCACGAACCGUCUCAGAUUUUGGACUUGGACGUCAACGGUCUGUAUGCGGCGACAAUGAGAGAAGCCCUGCCAGUGUCGGACUUUGAGUGGAUGACGAAAGACGAGAUUGCCUGCCUGAACAUUGGUGACGUUCCAGAUGACGCUCCGACGGGCUACAUUCUGGAAGUAGACCUCAGGUAUCCUCAUCACUUGCACGAGACUCAUUCCGACUUUCCCUUGGCCCCGGUGAAGCAAAGCGUUCCCUACGAUUGGUUAUCCGACUAUCAAAAAAGUCUGAUUGACAAGUUUGAAAUGCCCAAAGAGGAACCCACUACGAAGCUGUUGCUCACACUUCACGACAAAACGAAAUACGUUUUACACUAUCGGAUUUUGAAACUGUACAUCCAGUUAGGACUAGAAGUCACCAAAAUUCACCGAGUCCUAAAAUUCUCACAGCGAGCGUUCUUGAGGGAGUUUAUUGAUUUUAACCACCAGCUGAGACAGCAAGCAACCAACUCCUUCCAGAAGAAUCUUUCCAAACUGUUCAUGAACAGCAUAUAUGGCAAGACGAUCGAGAAUGCACGUAAACAUGGACACAUUAAACUAUGUGUUAAAGAGGACGACAUACUGAAAAUGCUUCAGAAACCGAACCUGACGCAGUUUCGAGCACUUAGCUCGCAGGUCGUAAUUUUCCAGUUUGCUCCGAAAGUGAUCAAACUCAAGCAACCACUCUACGCAGGGUUCUCGAUUCUUGAGAUAUCAAAAAUAGUAAUGUACGACUUCUUUUAUAAUCAACUUCGUCGUGCGAUCCCCUCAGCGAGGGCUCUUUACUGCGACACGGAUUCCUUCUUCCUACACCUUCAGGGAUCAGACGUAGACGACAAACUCCUCCAACUCCGAGACGCAUGCUUGGAUACAUCUGGAUAUCCAGAGAGUCACAAACUUUUUUCAACCGAAAACAAAAUGAAGCUCGGCGUGUUAAAAAACGAAUAUCCGACUACUCACUUGGUGGCUUUUUGUUGCUUGAAACCAAAGCUAUACAGCUUCAAAACAAGCAGCAACACGUGUUGCGUAAGAGCCAAGGGAGUAAAGAAAUCCGAGUCUCGCAAGUUGACCUACGAACUGUACAAGCACGCUCUAGAUACGAAAACUUUGCACAGAGUGACGCAGCAUUUGAUUGCUCGAAAACUUAACGAGAACAAAAGCAUCGCGGUCGAAAAGAUUGCUCUGAAUCCGUUCGACAACAAGCGAUACAUUUGCAACGAUGGGAUUACGACGCUUCCUUUUGGCCAUAAGAGUGUUUUAGGAAGCGAGCGAUCAGCCUCCUCAUCCACAUCCUGA